ACACGUCGGGGGGGACAGGGGCUCCCACGCUCAUUAGCACCCCCACCUGAGCGGGCUGUGCCACCCCCAGCCAUGUCCCUGACGGACAGCACCGACAGCAGCUGCGAGAGAGCCGUGUCCAUCCUUUGGGGGUGCGAGCUGAGCAGCGGCCGGAGCUCCUUCACCUUCCAGGUGCCCGAGGACUGGCGCUGCGAGCAGCAGCUGGUGCUGCGCACGAUCUGCCUGGGGGAGACGGCGCGGGAUGAGUUCCACGUGGUGGAGGUGGUGACCGAGGACGGCGGCGGCCGCCCCCCGGUGCCCCUGGCCACGCUGAAGCCGUCGGUGCUGCCCACGGCCACGCUGGCGGGAGUAGAACUGACCCCACCCGUGACUUUCCGGCUGCGAAGCGGCUCCGGUCCUGUCUAUGUCAGCGGCCAGCACGUGUCCCUGACAAACUUCAGCUCGGAGGAUGAGGAUGAGGAAGAGGAAAUAGUAGAGGAGACCCCCGAGAAGCCCCCCAAGGCCUGGAGUGGCCGGAAAGGCGGCGCCACCAAGAAAAGGAAGCUGGAAAAGGAGGAUGAGCCGAACAGCCUGGCCCGUGAGGAUCCCCUUCCCCCCAAGGGGCGCGGGGCCGGCCGGGGCAGGAAAGCAGCACCGAAGAAAUAA